AUGGGCCCCCGUUGGGCAGCAGCGAAGCAUAAGCUUGAAUGUCCUAAAGACGAAGAUGCCAACUAUGAAAAUACGACCUGGUGUAAUCGCGACUUAAUCCCAAUCCCUCCAGAUCGCCGGACGCUUCACAUGUGGUCCUACCUCGGUUACUGGACUGUUUCUGGAUCAACCCUCUCCGCGUGGUCCUUGGGCAGCACUCUGCUCGCGUUUGGACUUAGCCCCGCAGAGGCAAUUGGAAGAGGCUUCCUCUCUGGCUGUCUCGCGGUCGUGGCCGGGUGGCCCGGAGCAAAACACAACAUCGGCUUCACAGUUUCCUGCCUCGCCCAUAUGCGAAACAGCUUUAGCGAAAGCUCUCACCUUGCGACGAACGAUUUUAUCGGGCUUGUCAUCUGGAUGUGUGCCUUUAUCCCUGCCAUCCUCAUAAAGCCAGAGAGACUACAGAUCCCUUUUGUUAUUUGUUUCUUCCUCUUCUGCGGCUCUUGUUUCGGUAUAUUGAUAUGGAACGUCUCAACUGCCAAUGGGGUUGGCGGGCUCUUUCAUGAGAAAACGGAUGCCCCAAACAUAGGCUGGGCUUUCAUGUUUGGUAUCACAGCUGUACUAGGUGCUUGGGGCUCCGUAACCGCCGUCAUUGGUAUCAUUGCCACAAGUGCAUCGAAUCAGAUAUUGGGUGGAGAGAUUCUAUGGAAUCCCAUCAGUUUACUGGCAGAAGUGCAAGAGCAUUGCCACUCUAGUCCGGGAGUACGAGCCGCGGUCUUCUUUGCAGGCAUUGGGGUUGUGACUUCACAGCUUUCAAUUUCCAUUGUCCUAAAUUCAAUGUCCAUUGGUAUGGAUUUGGCCGGGCUGUGGCCAAAGUACAUCAAUAUCCGACGUGGCUCGCCAUGGAAGCUUCUCGCAACGGCGAGCAAGUUCCUCACAGUUCUGAGUGGGUUUGGCGUAUUCUGGGCCCGUUGA